AUGCAGUUCUCUACUUCCCUCAUCGUUCUCGCUGCCGCCGUCUUCUUCGGCACUGACGCUGCUCCUGCUGGCAACGUCCGCCGAGACCCACCUGUCGUCAGUGAAGGCAUCCCCAACCUCGUCAAGUAUGUUGGCGCCGGCGAGAAAGACAAGGCCUUCAUCCCAGAGGGUGCCGGUGUGAUCAACACAGACAAGGCUGUCCCUGUACAGUAUGUCCCCAAGGCCAAACCAGUUCCCCCCAUCACCAAAGAGGGCAACGGCAAGGUCGACACAAACGUCCCCACCAUCAAAGAGGGCGACGGCAAGGCCAACAACACAGACAUCGCAACCCCCGAAGCCCCCGACUCCUCAGUCGACGACUUCAUCCAGCACGGGGGCGCACUCUGCCAGCACCAGGAGCUGAAACACCGCGUCCUCCACGCCUACUCGCUCAAGGCCUAUUCGGGAGUCGACGAUGUCCCCAAGGUCUGCGGUGAUCUCUGGCAAGAGCUCAGAAGCUUCGGUGGCUGCUUCGCCGCCUCGGACGCUUCCUGCCGCGCGGGCACCGACAAGGGUGAACUGAUCUGGCACUUCGUCGCCUCCACCUUCUGCAACAUUGGCAUGGUCCAGUCCGCCUGGUGGGAGGCUACCCACAACAAAUAUGGCGCCGUCGAGUGUAAGGAUGUGGAGCAGUUGGGCUUCCGUUAA